UUUGAAGAAGUACCAAUACACACUUUAUAUGAAUUUUUGUUAUAUCAAAGAGAAGCAUUUCCUUUUAAUAAAGAGAUUUACAACCAGUUUGAUAAAAAUAUUAUUGAUUUUUGUGAUUCAGCAAAGGAUAUUGCACCAGAAUUGUUUUGUCUAGCCUUACAAUUAUUUGAAAUAUGCAUUAAUUCAGCUUCGGUUGAAAGGUUAUGGUCAACUAUAGUUCCUAUUCGAUCUCAGAACGAUAAUGAAGAUUUUGUGCAAGAAUUAGAAAAAUCAACUGUAAGUGACAACAAAAUCUGCUCACCAACUACCGAUAAUCUGCCAAAAGACAUAGUCGAUGAGACUAAAACUUUUGAUGAAAAAGAAAAUUGGUCAAAUAUAAUUGAGAACUGGGUUGAAAUGUUAAACAGUAAAAAUCGGUUAGAGAAUGGUGAAAUUGUAGAUGAUGAACUACCUGAAUUUAAAUUUGGUGGGUGCACUACUCACCCAGCAGAUGAUUCAUUGGCAAAAUAG